AUGAAACUUCAAGGUUCAGCCAAAGUCCGCAUAUGUACAACGAAGGGCGAUUUAGAUAUCUCGCUAUAUCCUGAACAGCUACCGAAGCUGUGUAGAGCAUUUCUAACCAAUUGUCUCAACAAACACUUCGUAGGCUUAGGUUUUGACAAGUGCACUUCAGACAUAGUCCAAACUCAAUUGAAAGAUGAUUUGAGGCCUAUCAAUAGGGAGUCUCAUUCCAGAAUAAAAUUUGACGGCAAAGGCGAUGUGGGGAUCCUAAAUCUAGAGUCGUCGGCACACUCAACGGCAGAUGGAUUCUUUAUUACAACUAAACCAUGUCCUCAAUUCAACUCCGAGUAUGUGAUUAUCGGAAAGGUGACAAACGAGUCGUUCUAUACGGUCAUGAAAAUACUUGAUGGUGAGAAAAAAGAAGAUGGUGAGACGCCGUUGUAUCCUGUCACGAUUAAAGACACUGUAGUUCUUCAGAAGUACUUCGAUGAUAUCGAGAAGGAGGAAGUUAAACAAGAAACUACAAUCAAGCCCCUUCCAAAGAAACAAAAACGGGCUAUUCAAUUAGACUACGAUGAGGACGACGAUGUUUUGGAGGAAUCGCCCUUCGUGAUGAAGUCAGCAUUUGAAAGUUCCACGAAAACCAGUCUGAAAACCAAUAAAGAAGAAGAAGCUAAUCUAGAACAAGUCGGGAAUCAGCGCGAUGAAGUUUCAGGGGCUGAGAUCGAUCUGAUUCCUAAAGAGCUGGGUGACCUGUUGCUGAAACCAGAAACCGUAGAGCCAGCAAUUUCUGGAAAUGACAUAGAACUGGAUGUCAGAGAAGAACAAAAGGAAAAAGCCACUUCCACAAGUUCCGAUAAAGGGAAAUUAAAGUCCGCUGAUAGCGAGGUCAAACCUGACCCUUCCAUCGAUCCUUACGAUCCUGAUCUUGACAUACCAAAAGAUGCAAUCACGUUUGAAACGCUACAAAAUCACUUUUUUAAGAGUAAAUGA